CAGAGAUUCCGGUCACUAAAACCGUCCAAACUGCUCUAUCGGAACUAUUGUGCUAGGAACCAGAAAAUAUCGGGACCGGAAGUUUACUAAUAUUUGCCUGCCCGCCCGCCCCUUUUCAAAGAUCACAUGUAAGCUAAUGUUUGUUGUUUUAUCGUUUGUUCCUCAAAAACGUCGACAUAUAACAACAAAAUGGACUCGGGGGGACCAUCGCUUUAUGCAAAUGCAGACCCCUCUGUAGAUUUGACACAGAGUAUAGAGGACGACUCUGUGGGGGAUGAACCUCUGAUCUCUGUUGACGCCCUCCACUCUGCCAUCAGGAGAGAGUUUAAGACUGUAACAACACACUGGCUUGCCGGCCUGUUGACUCUGCUGCAUGUUCUGUUCAUGGUGUUGUCAGUGUGUGUGGCAGUGCUGUGUGUGUUGAAUUUUGGCCAGAAGGAGGUGUGUGCGAGUGUUUUGGGUAACUUGCCAGGUGAUAGUGUCGUUGUGCUUGGAAAAGCGUGUUUAUGGGUGCUGGUGCUGCUGUUCACUUGGUAUGUGCAACACCAUCACAACCAGGCCAGAAGGAGAGGAUACCUGCAAUUCUACAGAGAGGUGCAGGGGCUGAAGCACCUGCCGCUCACCAUACACUCCAUAGGGAAUGUUGCGGUGUUGGUUGUUAUGGUUGCUGAGUUAGUGCCACCUGUUCGUACCUACCUGCUGCUCAGCAUCCUGGCGCUGGAGCUCUUGGUGGCAGUGCCAUGUGUGCUCUAUUACACAGUCAAGGUGAUACGGUACAACAGGGAGCGAGCUGCACCAGACGUGAGCCGAGAAGAGCAUUUGCACAUCAACAAUGUCACAAGUCUGCCAACUGAAACAGGCUUCAGGGGGAGCUCCAGUCUGGAAGAGGUGGUGGAGAAGCAGGCCGACCUGAUCGAGUACCUGAAACAGCACAACACCUUACUGAGCAAACGGCUGCUCAACCUCACAGCUCAGCACUGACCACAGACUGGCCUCCCUCACGUGAGCCAGCCGCCAUGUCUCUGGUGAAAGAGCCUGAUUGUUUUCACACUCUAAGAAAGGCUAUGUGGGUUUCAAAGAAAGGGCUAAAGCAAAGCUAAACUACUUUGUGAGACAUUUUCACCUGAUAUGGACAGAUAAUGCAGGAUAAGGUGAGAUGAGAGUGGACAACAGUUAAAGAGCCGCAUUGGGAGGAGGAUGGGGAGUUAUGGGUCACAGAUCAGAGGUGAGGGGUUUCUGUCACUUUUCUACGACCCCCAGUGAUCUGUGUAUGCUGCCGCUUGUGUUCACAUGAGAGAAACAGAAGAGGCAGAAUAGGCUUAGGGAUCAUGUGCACUAAAGUGGAACUGAAGGAGGGGGAGAUCCUGGAGGGAGAGGUCAUCACUUAUCAGGGUCAGACGAGGUAGAGGUUAACUAACACUGUAAAAUGAGUAAGUGCUAUUUUAUCUGUCUGAAUGUAUGUAAAUGCUUUAUUUGGUGACUUUUUUCUAAUUGUUCAAUCAGGUAUUUUGUGUAUUUGUGAUCAGAUUUCAAUAAAAUUUGAUUGCUCUCA